AUGUCUUCGCAGCGAGACAAAGACCUGCCUAAACUACCGCCUGGAGAAUUCGGUGAGAACGCUCUCGGGCUACAAGCUAGCGAGAAGAAGCAUUUUACACCUCGUGUCUACACCACUUAUACCAACCUGUCCCCGGCCAAGCCGACCCGAUCCGCCACUGCUGCUUCACCUUACGCUCACUCGCACUAUUCCGGGUCUACGUCAACGCUCAAUUCCACCAAUACCAUCAUAGCACCGCAUUCACCUGCAAUUAUGCGGACUGGAACGUCUAUCCGAUCCAUGACGACACCAACCAAGCCCAUUUUUGCCCCGGUCUCUCCAUCUCCUCUGGCGAAUGAACAUGGCCGACGAGGCUCCGGGCCGAACGUCGCUGCGUCUCGAGGUUCCUCCUCCUUAGGUAAGAAACGGUCCAGUGGACAGCUUCUAGCUGGACUCGGUAGAGGGUUAGGUCGCAUGGGGAGCGUUGUCAAGCGAGCCGCGUCGGAUAGCACCGCCAUUCGUAGUAGAGCUCCUACCAUGACCAAAUUGAGCUUACGGGAAGACGAUGAGGAUCUAGGCGAUGACGGUAUAGGUCUACCAUUUAAUGUUGAGCACGACUUGCACGUCUCACCGACCCUCGAAGACCUACCACCUGUAUGGCUGGAGGAACUCAGGCGGCAAGGAUUGUCAGAGCAUGAUCUAUUGCUCAUCACAGCGGCGAGGAAUCGGCAAGCCGAGACGUUGAGCAGAGUGGAGUCUCGUCUCGAAUACCGAUCAGCCAGUAUACCAGAAUCCCACUCGGAUCCUUUCCUGUUGCCACAGCCUGUGCCCACCACCUCACGAUCCGAGAAGCGACUGUCCGAUCAGCUCAGACAUUUCUCAAAGCUGAAGCUAGCAGAUGAAGGCGAGGACUGGUCAGCGAGUCUCCUCGACGUAUUUGAGGCGCAGGAUAAGAAGCCCCUUAACAAGCCAAAGGAGAGCAUCCCGCUUGGAUCAUGGCUCCCAUCGCCGAUAUCUACCCUGGAACCAUCGCCUUUGGCUUGCUCUCAGCUGUUCCAUUCGAUCCGCACCUCGGAUCUGGAAACGCCUACCAAGCCUUCGACUGGACCACGGACAUCUUCGCCUGUAUCAUCGCGUGCAGCUCUACCCUUACCCUCACCCUCGACUCCUCAAACCGUUCGUGACCCCUCGCGGCAACGCUUGACACACACUCAGAGUCGGUCGUCCUUUGACCUUGACAUUGUGACACCGUCGAGUUCUCAACGACCAGAGGACGAAUCUGACGGAGAGUCUUACGACCAGUCGUCCGAUAUUGACCUUGUCGAAGCGAUGGUAUCGGAUCGAUAUCCUGAGUCUUUGGCUUCGGACCGGGUGAAAACUGUAAAGCUGCCCGUGGAGGAGGAGGACAUGGCGGGGAAGAAUGUACCGGACUACGUUGAUGACAUUCAUGAUGAUGACAACGACGACGACCUGCCACUCCGAAUGCCUCUACCAGCUCACGCCCGAUCGCAAGCUCGAUGCUCUUUACCUGCCUCUGCUUCGUCAUCAGUAUUGCUCUCGCCGUCCCCAUCAUCGGACCCCUUGCCACUGCCCAAUUCGUGGGAUCCAACAAACGAUCAAAGACAAUCAUGCACCUCGGCACCGUCCUUCCUAUCCUCCGAGGAAUCUCAUCGGUCGGUUCACGAAGCCACCGUCCAACUAGCCUACAAGCUGCUAUCUAGACCGCCAAACCUUGCCAAAGCCGAUAGCAGUCAGAGCGCCCUUGACGCCUUAGACGAAGCCGCUCGAAAGAUCGCCUGUCCUUCCUCUCUACGCUACAGUCCUGGGAAUACGAGCAUGUUCGAAGAUGCUGAAGAGCCUUGA